CCCGUACUGCCUCACCCAGGAUGAGUUCCACCCGUUCAUCGAGGCGCUGCUGCCUCACGUCCGAGCCUUCUCCUACACCUGGUUCAACCUGCAGGCUCGGAAGCGCAAGUACUUCAAGAAGCACGAGAAGCGGAUGUCGAAGGACGAGGAGCGGGCGGUGAAGGACGAGCUGCUGGGCGAGAAGCCCGAGAUCAAGCAGAAGUGGGCAUCCCGGCUGCUGGCCAAGCUGCGCAAAGACAUCCGGCCUGAGUUCCGUGAGGACUUUGUGCUGACCAUCACCGGCAAGAAGCCCCCCUGCUGCGUGCUCUCCAACCCCGACCAGAAGGGCAAGAUCCGGCGGAUUGACUGCCUGCGCCAGGCCGACAAGGUGUGGCGGCUGGACCUGGUCAUGGUGAUUUUGUUUAAGGGGAUCCCCCUGGAAAGUACUGAUGGGGAGCGGCUCUACAAGUCGCCCCAGUGCUCGAACCCCGGCCUGUGCGUCCAGCCACAUCAUAUUGGCGUCACAAUCAAAGAACUGGAUCUUUAUCUGGCUUACUUUGUCCACACUCCGGAAUCCGGACAAUCAGAUAGUUCAAACCAGCAAGGAGAUGCGGACAUCAAACCACUGCCCAACGGGCACUUAAGUUUCCAGGACUGUUUUGUGACUUCCGGGGUCUGGAAUGUGACGGAGCUGGUGAGAGUAUCACAGACUCCUGUGGCAACAGCGUCAGGGCCCAACUUCUCGCUGGCCGACUUGGAGAGUCCCAGCUACUACAACAUAAACCAGGUGACCCUGGGGCGGCGGUCCAUCACCUCCCCACCUUCCACCAGCACCACCAAGCGCCCCAAGUCCAUUGAUGACAGUGAGAUGGAGAGCCCUGUCGACGACGUGUUCUAUCCCGGGACAGGCCGCUCCCCAGCAGCUGGCAGCAGCCAGUCCAGUGGGUGGCCCAACGAUGUGGAUGCAGGCCCGGCUUCUCUAAAGAAGUCAGGAAAGCUGGACUUCUGCAGUGCCCUCUCCUCUCAGGGCAGCUCCCCACGCAUGGCUUUCACCCACCACCCGCUGCCUGUGCUUGCUGGAGUCAGACCAGGGAGCCCCCGGGCCACAGCGUCAGCCCUGCACUUCCCCUCCACGUCCAUCAUCCAGCAGUCGAGCCCAUACUUCACACACCCGACCAUCCGCUACCACCACCACCAUGGGCAGGACUCGCUGAAGGAGUUUGUGCAGUUUGUGUGCUCGGAUGGUUCAGGCCAGGCCACAGGACAGCCCAACGGUAGCGGCCAGGGCAAAGUCCCGGGGUCAUUUUUGCUACCGCCGCCGCCUCCAGUGGCCAGACCUGUGCCCCUUCCUAUGCCUGAUUCCAAAUCCACCAGCACUGCCCCAGACGGCGCCGCCUUGACUCCUCCAUCACCUUCAUUCGCAGCGACAGGCGCCUCCUCUGCCAACCGGUUUGUCAGCAUCGGACCCCGGGACGGCAACUUUCUGAACAUCCCACAGCAGUCUCAGUCCUGGUUCCUCUGAUAAGAUCGACAAAGAAACAGCAAAAUGAAAAGAAGAGGUUCCUCAAAAGGGGGGAGAAGAAAUUUUGAGACAUGGAAAAAUCCCCCAGCCCAGCCCAGCCCCACCGAAAAGCAAAAAUUAGAUGUCGUCAGCCACUCAGCCCUUCUCUCCUCCAGCCCGGGGACCCCUGCAGGCCCCCGAAGCAGCCCAGUUCUCAGAGAGCCCUCGGAAGGGGUCUCAACGGAGCUGUGCACCAGCAGCCAAGCAGAAAGAAACAUGCAAAACGGACUCUGCCAGGCAGAGGACAGACAGAAAGAAAGGAUGCGGCAGGACUGCCUUCUCCCCAUCCCAGCCCGGCCUUCUAGGGAAGGAGCAAAAUUCCCAAACAGAGCAACCAGCACAGUUCUGAAGGGGCCUGGCCCCCACCCUUACCCUUUCUAGGGAACCCCACUCUCCACUCCAGCCUGAGCUUUCCUGGGGAGCCUGGAGGACCAGCUUGUGAAGAUAAUGGGGUGUAGGUUGGCGAGCUCUCCCUUCUAUACUUGGCCCCCUCCAUCUCUCCCUUCUUGCCUGGGUUCUGGCUUCUACCCCUAGCUGCUCCAGACCAGGUGAGAGAGGCCCUCGGGUGGGCAGGGGGUACCCCCUGGAGCUACCUGCUGCAUCAGCCCAGAAUGGAAGGUGUUCUGCCAUUCCACCCUGAGCUGUUAGGGGCAGUUCCUGAGGCCCCAAACCCCUUUGUACAGUCCACAGGAAAAAGAUGGAAUGCUCUAACUGAUCCCGCCCCAGCUUGGGACAGGCCUCCUAUUCCCUCUCUCUGAAGACCAGGAGGGCUGUCCCUAUUCCCGCCAGGAGUGAAGGGAGUUGGGCUCCAGGUCGCCCCUGCGCCCCAGCCCUGCAUGCAGGUGCCCUCGCUCCGCCCCACUGGUCCCUGCCCCUGCCCCUCAUGCUUACAGCACUGCUGGGGCCAGCCCGAGAUGGAGCAGAAAGGGGACCCCUGGAGCCAAUCGAGGAGGAUGAAGCAGCUUCUGCUGCUGCGCCGGUUAAGCUGCCACCUGCGCUUAGGUAGGCGUCCUGCUCGCCGACUUUCAGUUCCUUUGGAGGGUGUUGGGUGUUGUCCUUUUCAAAAGUGUUUUGGAGCUUUCUGUCCCCCACCUUUCCCACCACACCCACCCCCCAUGGCCACUUCUCUCUGGAUUUUAGCUGUAAUGUCUUUACUCUUUAUUUAGGGGUGGGGCAGUCAUUGUUUGGGUCUUUGCUGUUGCAAUUGGGAACUCCUCCUCUAUUUGAGCAACUUGGGAACAAUUUGGUAACACACCACAGGAAGUAGCUCCCCCCAAGUCCCCUCCUUCCCCAAAGGAUGGUGGGGGCCUGUCCAGAGGUUCUUUAGAAGUCCCCCUGGGAGGGAGGGGAGCAUGAGCACGCCCAGCCCCCUCCAGGGUGUGACUUGGCCCCUCUGGCUUGUCUUUCUGUGCCUUACUCCCUCCUUCCUGCGUCUCCUCUCCCUGACCCCCUUUUCAAGUCCUUGUGCCUCUCUUUCUCUCUUUCUUAACGGUAUGAAAACACAAAGCACAGGUCAGGAUCCUC